CAGAGGUUCCCACUGACUGACUGACAGUGGGGUAACACAGGAGCGUAUCCUGCCUGACGCUGGUCCGGAGACAGAUUAAAGACCAUGUUCCAACUCGCUGUCACCUGCCUGGCCCUCUCGAGCUGUGUCUAUCUGGCAGCAGCUAAUACCAUCGACACUGCCCUCCACAUCGACGAUGAGGCUGCAAUGCGGGCCCAAUUCGAGGAUUUUAAGGUGAAAUACAAGAAGCAAUAUGACAAUGAGGAAGAGGAGAGAAGGUUCCGGAUCUUUGUGGAGAAUCUGAAAGACGCCAAACGGAUGCAGGGGGAAGACCAGGGCACUGCGAUGUACGGCAUGAACAAGUUCAGCGAUAUGUCCGACGAAGAAUUUGAAAUGUUUUACCUCAACCCAAUGAUGAGUGAAAAUAAUUCUUCGUGGCCGGAGGAGUAUACAUGGAGGGAAGGUGAUGAGCGACUGGAAAAUCUGUCCUGUCCACGCAAAUUUGAUUGGCGGAGGAAGGGAGCGGUUACCAGAGUUAAAAACCAGGGACGCUGUGGUUCUUGUUGGGCCUUUGGUGUGGUGGCGAAUAUCGAGUCGGUGUGGUACAUCAGGAGGAGGCGGCUGGUAUCCCUGUCAGAGCAACAACUUCUGGACUGCGACAGUUGGGACAGAGGUUGCAAGGGAGGCUACCCGUUCAACGCUUUCAACUCUAUCCUCAAACUGGGGGGAUUGAUGUGUUGGAGGAAUUACAGAUACCGGGCGUCGCGGGGUCCCUGCCGGCUGGUCAAAUCCAGAGUGUCGGCGACCAUUCAGACCUAUCGCAGUAUUCGGCCCCACGAAGACGAAAUGAGAGUCUGGGUUGCUCACAGAAGUCCGAUCGUAGUCAGCAUCAACGCAGCGGCUCUGAAGGGAUACAGGCAUGGGGUAAUUCGUCCCAAAUUUGGUCGCUGUCGCUCCAACAGAUUGAACCACGUGGUGCUGGUUGUGGGAUACGGCCAAUGUGGUCGCCAUCGCUACUGGAUCAUCAAGAACAGCUGGGGAGUUAACUGGGGCGAACAGGGUUACUUCCGUCUCUACCGUGGGGAGAACGCGUGUGGGAUCAACCAGCACCCGUGCACAUGUGUCAUCUAAACGGAGGACCGAGGGACCACACCAACUCCCCCCCCCUCAGCUUUCCACUGGACGCCUCCUUGAAGGGGAGGGGGUCUGCUUUCGCCUCUGCAUGCAAAGGGUUGCGGGAGGGCGGUUUACGGGGUGGGUGCCCCACCUCCUGCCCCCAUUCACUGCGCCCGGUCUCAGGCUUUGGGGCCCGUAUCAUGGCCUGCCCUCCCGGGGAACGGUGGCUCCGUCGCCCCUGGCUGCUUCCCAAUCGCCCCCGCCCCCCCGAUUCCCGGUGGGAACCUCUCCCCGUUUCUGCGCUUGACUUUUAAUAAA